UGUUAUUCCUUUUUUAAAUGCCAGUUUUUGUGUACUUUGUUUUUGGUUAAAGCGACAAUAUUUUAGUCGAACCCGUCGAACCAAAUGUUUAGAGCCUAAAUUAGAUGUAAGAUGAGUGAAUAUGUGUUAUGUUGCGUUUGUCUUGUAAAAACCGAUGAUAGUGUCCUCGGCCUGUUCGACAAAUGUGCUCGAACUGACACUUUCCUGUGGAAGAUUUUGUUUGAUGUUAUUGGUGUACCGCCUGACACGUACCGCCUCAAAGAUGAUAUGAUAUCGGCAUCAAAGAUAUGCAGACCGUGUUCACGCCGGCUAACUGAAUCGUACGAAUUUCGGAAAUCGUGCCAAAGGAACUGGGAUAAAUUAAUGUUGAUGACGAACGAAUUUAUUUGCAGAGAAGAACAGACACCGCCCGAUCUUUUCAAAUUUAAAUGCAACCAUUGCGAGUCAUCGUUCAGACUCGAAUGCAACUUAAACAUUCACAUCGGUGUCAACCAUUCGAACGAACGUAGUAAUGGCAUGACCAACGAACCAAUCAAAGAUGAAUCGGAGAUGAUGGCUCAGCAUAUCGAAGUAUGGAUUGAAGAACAGAGAGAUGAAAUCGGCGAGAACAAGAUACCUGAACUGGACGUGACGAAUCCAAUUGAAGAGAUCGAAGAUGUUGCAGGCAACAAUGACGUAGCUAAAAGAAAGGAAACGAAAUCGAAAAGGAGUGUGGAGAGACGGAUAAAACUUGCAUCGAAUCAUCGAAGUAGAUUGAAAUUGAAGAAUUCUGAAAAACGGAAAGAUUUCAAAUGUUUGGAUUGCGGUGAGGCGUUCACAUCGUCGAAAUUCUUAAAAUCACACAUCCAAAAUGCCCACUCACAAAUCCCACCAGUCACCAGAAAACGGCGGGAAAAGCAAUCCGAACCACGGCUAUGUCCGAUUUGCGGUAAAUCAUUCAAUGCCAAAAAUGAAAAUGGAUAUCAAAAGCACAUGUUCCACCACGAUCCGUCCAUUGGCAAAAUCAAAUUUUAUCAGUGCGAAUUGUGUGAUCGAAAAUUUCUGGGCAAACGAUCCCUGGAGGAGCACAUUAACUAUCACCUGAACAUUCGCAAAUACCAAUGUGAAGUGGAAACGUGCAAAAAAUCAUUCAUCUACGAGCAGUCGUACAAAAACCAUAAGAAACUCCACCUGGGCAAAGACUUUGAAUGCAGCCUAUGCGGCAAACAAUUCAUCACCUCCACAAAUCUGAAAUAUCAUUUGACGCGAGCGCAUCAAGGGGUGAAAAAAUAUGCAUGCAACCAAUGUGAUAAAAGCUACUUUACGCUCCAGCACCUGAAAGUGCACCAACUGUCCCAUCUGGAGAAAAAGGCGUACACGUGCGACGUGUGCAACCGGGGCAUAACUCAUUAUGCGAGCCUAUUGUCGCAUAUGUUGCUGCACACAGGAAAGCCGUUUCAAUGCGAUCAUUGCAACAUGGCGUUUACGCAUCGCUGGAGAUUCGGUAAACAUUUGGCGGAUAGGCAUAGCAUCUUUGAGAUUCCGAAGAAAUAUGCCAGAAAGAUGGCGGAAAAAUUGAUCGCUAAGGAUGAUGGUGGGCAAGUAGUUCAGACAGUAGACACGACAACUGUUGAUCCAUGAAUAAAACGGGAAAGAAUCUUAUUUUUAUACUCAA